UGCGACGGUUGGGUAACCGGUGGUGCUGUAACACUUUUUUUUAUUUUCAAUAUUUAAAGCGUUUUUUUUUUAUUUUAGCAGGUCAGGCCCACUGAGGUAUACAGCUCUCUUUCAGAAGCGUCCUGGCGAUCGCACGAAGUGGAUUAUUGUCAUGUGGAAAUGUAUAGCAACAGCCAAUCACUCUCCACGCGCAAUGUUGAUUCUACGGGAAGAGGAACACGCAAACACCAAAUAUACAGCAGCAGCAGGCGCCAAGGUCGGGGUCGAACCCACGACCUCCCGCGUACCAGAACGCACAUCCCUGGCCGCUCUGUUGGAAGAUGAGAUAUUUGUGGAAUUUUUCAACAUAUUUCUCAACCUCCCGGUGUUUGGGCAGAGGGCGUUUUACCUGCCGGGAGAACGCACCUGGGUGUUCCAGCCCAAGCUGCCAUCUCACCUGGAGCUGAGCGCCGCCGGGCUGCAGCGGUGGCUGCAGCGAGAGCGACUUCCCCUGUUCGUGCGCUCGGAGCUCAGCGUGGAGAUGGCGCUGUGCAAGGAGAUACUGGCGGCUCCGCUCGCCUACACCGCCGACCCCACAGAGGUGAAGGCGGAACGCAGUCGCCUCCACUCGUGCGUGGGCAGCCCGCGGGGCAUGGCUCACCUGCGGGCUCACCUGAGGCACACGCAGGGAGGAGAGAUGCUGGAGUUCUGGGCGGUGGUGGAGAGGCUGCGCCGGGCGGAGGAGGCCGAGGGGUCGCGGGGUCCCCGCUACCACCGCCUCCUGAGGGCCCUGGCGGCGCGACACCUCCGGGAGCCGUCGUCCGUGCUGCGAAGCUGCGUGCCCGGGCCCAGCGGCACGGCGCCGCGCGACCGCGCCCGGCUGCUGCGGGCGGCGCAGGGCGAAGCGCUGGCGCAGCUGCGUGGCUACUGGGUGCCGCGGCUGCUCCGCCACGAGCGGUGGCGACGGGAGUGGCGCGCGAGCCUCGCUCCCGGCUCGGUCGACGGCGACGGUGGCGAUGACGCGGCGACCCCUGGAAGCCGGGGUCACGAUGAUCGCGGGUCGUCCUCGACUGCAGCUGAUCGGCCUCCGUCGUGCGUUCACCACCACCACGACUGCCACCACGGCCACCACGGCCACCACUACCAACACCAAAGCUGCAAGGACCUCGGCAACUACCGUGCCUACGACUACGACCACCCAAACUCACCGAAGGGACUGCGCGACGGCGGUUGUCGCUUUUCCUGGGGUGAGGCGAUGAGGACGUCUAACACAGCAAGGGGGUCCAAGCGGCACGGAUCGAACCCCUGGAGGUCGGGAGGACCUCGCCGAUGGCCGGACCCCUCUCCAGCGGCCAGACGGAUAGGAUGGGAGAUCCUACGUCCUGAGAUGGGGGGCCAGCCCCCCGAAACGGAAGCCCUACGAUCCGCCCUGGCCUGCGACCACUUUGCAGGGGGUCCCCUCCUGGCGUUUCUGGAGGCGCGGGGCCACGGAGAGCCCCCGCGGCUUCUCUUCUGGCAGGAGGCGGAGGGGUUCGCGCGCCUUGCCACGCGUGAUCCUGGCUGCGACCCCUCCCUUCACGAGCUGCUCUCGCAGGCCGCCGAGCGUGUCUGGAGGUCUGGGCUCGCGUGCGGGGUCACCCUGACCCGGGGUCAGGUCGGGGUCGCGUCGCCACCGCCGCCGCCACCCGCCGUUCCGCCCCACACGCUUGGUCCGGCCCUGGCGGGAGAGGCGUCCGUCGUGUCUCCACCCCGACGUCUCCUCUCCUCGCUGCUCGGAGCGACGCUGGGGGCGGCCGUGUCGCUCCGACUCGCGGACGCGCAGAGACGCGUGGGUCAGGAGCUGGGGCCGGCAUUGGCCGAAUUUGUGGACCGAGACAUCGCGCUGUUUGUGAAGACAGCGGCAAAGGUCAAGUGUGACCCCUGUACCCCACGAGAGGUCACGGAGGCGGCUGAUCCCAGCCCGGAGGACGAGUGGCGACGGCGUGCGUCGGAGGCCGAGGGCCUUGCCUGGACCUUCUCGGGCCCGGUGAGCGAGGAGCCGGACGCGGGCAGCUGGGAGGGAGAUCCCUGGCACCGGAUGGGGAGAGCGGAGGGGGCGGCUGAACUCCCCCCAAGAGAAGGGGAUGACGGGGGUUGUGCGUGGUCUUUCGAGGAGACUGUGAGAAGAUGUCCAAGACUCGCCGUGCGCAUGCUGAGCGACAACUUCCAGCUGUACUACAGCAAGUGGACCGCCACAGAGGAAGACGCGAGGGGGACCGCUUCAGCGUCGCCAUCCCCGAUGCAGUUGGCCCGGAGGCUGGUGCCGCGCGUGCUGCAGCACAGAGGCCGCCUCCUGCGCAGGCCCCUGGCGCCACCUCGGAGCUUGCGCGAGGCCCUGGGCGACGCGGGCCACGAGCCCUUCGUGGCGCUGCUGGCGCGAGGCCGCGGCGCCGACGCGGCCGUGGGGUUCUGGCGCGAGGCCGAGCGGCUCCGCCUGGCGCGAGGCCUCCACGAGGUGCGCGCCACGACGGCGUUCAUCCACGCGCGCUACUUCCACAAGGGACUCGACCCAGCCGCCCUACUGCAGUGCAAGGCCCCCAUCAUGUUGGAGAUCCAGGCAGAGCAGGUCGUGACGCCAGCUAUGAUCGCCACGGCACAGACCCAAGUGUACCGCGUCAUGGAGGAGACGUGGUUCAAGAUUUAUCUCGACAGCUUCCCUGAAAGGUCAUCAACCGUUGCGCAGCCAGGGGCCAUCCCCAAAAAGAGCGUUGCCCGCGUUGCCCUGCGCCAGCUGGUGCGGAGCGUGGCGGGCCUCCUGGCGGCGCUGAGGGAGCCCGGCACCCGGCGGGACCUCGCCGCGUUCCUGGGAGCGCAGUUGCGACGAGAGGAGGCGUUGGAGAGGGCCGCCACGGGAGGCACCACCGCUCGCAGCGCGCACCCCCGUGCUGGUGGCUGGCACCCCCCGCUGGCGGGAGGGGCCCCCCAUGAAACCACCUCUCGAACCGAUAGCCGCUCGGCCCCCGUCAGCCGCACCUCAACGACGCCAGCGUCGGAGCAGCUGCUCACCACGAGGAGAACGGUGAAUGACCAGAAGAUCGUCGUCAACUUUCUCAUGGAAGACUUUGCGUUUUUCCAAGAGGUCGAGAGGUUCAAGGCCUUGGUGGAUAGCAGUGCCGAGGCAGCAGCGGCCGGGAUGGGCACGGUCAUGGACGCAGCAUGGCUUCGAGAGAAGGCGGCCGUCGUUAGCCGCCUCUUCCUCGACUCGGAGGACCUCCCUGCGUGCAGGGUGAACGUGUCACAGCAUCCACGCGAGCAGGUGCUGGAGGCCGUGCGUUUAGGUCACGUGGAGCGUGGCCUCUUCUUCCCAGCUGUAGUCCACCUGCUGCCCAACCUCAUCUACUACUGGAGGAAGUUCUGCAGCGAGAAGGCCCUGCGCACCUACCUGGGAUUGGCCCCCUGGGAGCGAAGAGGACGACCCGAGGGAGGCCACGAGGAGGGGCUGCCUCACCCCGGCCGGUUGGUCAUCUGCAGUGCAGAUUUCGAGUUUACGACGCUGAGAUUCAGCCUCUCCAAAGGAAUGCAGCUCCUCCAACCCGUGAAGAGGGGCAAAUCGAGAAGGGCACUCUUCCCACAACAGCUGCCUGACCUCCAUGUGACACACAAGCCACAAAUCUACAGAGGUGCUCAACCAUCCAUGUGAAUUACCCUGGUCGCAAACGCUGGUCCCCAUAUGCUGGUGACUGACGACUGGCUGUGUUACAGUGGUGAGUCUGGAGCGGCUCACUUGAGGCCUGUGGCUGUGAGCGGAGUUGAAGUCUCGUGGCUGAAGGUUCGUGAUUUAUUGGGUUAGUGAGCGCCUCUCCCUAUGAGAGGAGGUCAGAUGAGAAAAGUCUCAAGACUAACGUACCCAGAUGGUGCUUUAAGGAGAGAAACAUGUGCAGACAAACGCUAUCUUUGAGCAAGACCUCAAUCAAUAAAUAUGUCAAUAAGU